CAUUCAUAAGUUUAAGGACAGCAACAGGCAGUUCCUGCCCUCCCCCUCAAUAUAUCUCAAACCGCUGACUCCAUCAAAAAAUGCCGGCGGCCGUCAAAGGCGCCGUUGCCGGAGCUCCUCGUAACUUCUGGGGAGAUACGCCGCCGACAGCAGAAGAGUACUACGCUUCACAAGGCAUCAACGCCACGAAAUCUUUCUUUACUUCGCCCCACGGCGUAUCUCUCUUCACUCGAUCCUGGAUGCCGCUUAGACCGCCGCGCGCUGCUAUAUUCAUGAUCCACGGUUAUGGCAACGACAUCAGCUGGACCUUCCAAUCCACCCCUAUCUUCCUGGCCCGUUCCGGCUUUGCCUGCUUCGCUCUUGAUCUCCAUGGCCAUGGCUACUCGUCCGGCAUCCGCGCCUUCGUUCCCGAUCUCCCUGCCGUUGCAGACGACUGCAUAACCUUCUUCCGCUCUGCCCUUUCCUCCCACCCGUCCCUCCUUUCCCUCCCUAAAUUCCUUUAUGGCGAAUCCAUGGGUGGUGCGCUCUGCCUGCUAAUCCAUCUCCGCCUCAAAGAUCUCCACAUCGAUAAGAAGGAUUGGUCCGGUGCCGUUCUAGUUGCCCCGAUGUGUAAAAUAUCCGACAAGAUGCGGCCGCGAUGGCCGAUCCCGCAGAUCCUAACCCUAGUAGCGCGGUUCCUGCCGGCGCUUCCAGUUGUCCCGACGGGUGAUCUGGUGGAGAAAUCGGUAAAAGUUAAGGAGAAGCGGGUAGUGGCAAUGGCGAAUCCGAUGAGGUAUAAUGGGAAGCCAAGGUUGGGGACUGUGGUGGAGCUGCUCCGGGCGACGGAUGAGCUCUCACGGCGGCUAGCGGAGGUGAGCUUGCCGUUUCUUGUGCUACAUGGGAGUGGGGAUGUAGUGACGGAUCCGGCGGUGAGCAGAGAGCUUUACGAGGUGGCAAGGAGUGUUGACAAGAGUAUUAAGAUCUACGAUGGAGUGUGGCAUUCGCUGCAGUUUGGGGAGACAGAGGAAAAUGUUGAGAUUUUUAGGAAGGAUGUGCUUAACUGGCUUGAUUGUAGAUGUGGAGGCGGAGAUGAAGUUGAUAUUGCUACUGCUGCUCUGUCGUCUGCAACAGUUUGAUGAAAAUAUUUGGUAAUUAUCAUUUUCAUUCUUGGUGCUUUUGAAAUCGAAACUUUAUGUCGAUAUUGUUUAUUUUAUUUACUGAUAUGAUUCAAGUAUUGCAUGUUGGCUUAUA